AUGGUCGAAGAGUCCAAUCGUUCUUGCGCACGAUGCGGCCAGAACGAAGAAAAUCAGCUGCAACUCGAAGCUGCUACUCUGCACCAAGCAGCUCUAUACGGGGAUCCUGAGCAACUGCAGAGCUUCAUUCGCAGCGGAGCUAAUAUAAAUGCAUUGGAAGGAUCCCGAGACUUGACAGCGCUUCAUUUCGCGGUCGAGUCUGGCAAUAAGGCCACUGUCAAAGUCCUGCUCGAUGCAGGGGCCGACGUAUCGGCGCAGACCAGUGAUGGCGUAGCACCUUUGCACACGGCGACUGCCAAUGGGCAAUUCGCAAUCGCUAAAUUUCUUGUCGAGGCUGGGGCCGAUGUCAAUGCCCGCAACAAGAACGGAGGCACGCCUCUACAUGCCGCGGCUGUGUUCUGGCAGCCAAAGAUUGCGAGGCUCCUUAUCGACGCCGGGGCAAAUGUCCUGGCCAAGGAUUCUGAAGGGCGAUCACCGCUCCACGAGGCUGCUGGGCACGAGUCCUUGGCUGUAGCCCAAUUACUACUCGCCAAUGGUGCCGACAUAAACGCCGCCGAUAAUAACGGAGACACAGCACUACUUGUCGCAUUGGCAGAUGGAUCCAGCUCAAUCAAGUUGCUUCUUAAUAAUAGCGCGGACGUGUUUAUUAAAGAUAUAGUUACAGGGUGCAGGGAAUGA